CGACAGGUGGAGGUCUUUGGAAUUUGUAUUCCUUAUCGAUAGGUACUCAUCUAUGCUGGGCUCGCGACGCUAGAGCGCAACUGGACCAAUGCAUUUUCCAAACUUUCGACCCACUCCUCAUCCCACACUUCCGGACAUCACUUUUUCAUCACCACUGGCAUGCGACUUCCCUAUGACUAUUCUCCUUCGAUCACACUGCGUUAUUCACGCGUGAUAUUGAGCCAAUUCGUGACCAUCGCCCAUUGGAAGGUUGAACUUCCUUUUCGCCAGUGACCACAUCCCUGAGCGAAUCCUGACAAGGCUACAUACAUGACAAUACAUAAGAAACCUCCUCUUGAAGACGCCAAUCUGGAUCGCGCCACAUCUACUCCCAUGACUGGAAGCAUACCUUUCGGAACUUUGUUUUGGAUAGCUGCGAGACCUCUUCUUAGACUUUUCACAUGCGUCGCGUGUGGGUAUGCCAUUACAAGGGUUGGUUGUUUUUCUGCAAGUGCGGCUCGUGGCGCUGGGCAAGUGGUUUUGAACAUCACUUUGCCUAGCUUGAUUUUCUCGAGGGCUGCAUCCGUGUUGAACGUGGAGAAUGAUGCUGCUUUGGGGCCGUUGUUGGUGAUCGCAGCCAUCUACAUGGCGAUCGGCUUCGCGUUAUCUCUGUCUAUCAAGCAAUUUUUCUGGGUUCCGCAUCGGUUUCGGUAUGGUAUUAUUGUCGCAGGAGGUUGGGCGAGCAUCGGUGACAUGACGGUGUCAGUCAUAUUGGACAUCAUGGCCUCAUUCCCCUUCGACGGAGAACACGACCAAGACCUCGCGGUAGCAUAUAGUGGCGUCUUUUACAUUAUCUUCUACAUAACGUUGUUUACGUGCGGGCGCGAGCUGGUCAAGAUUGAUUUUACUGGGCCUGAUAUCGAUGACGGGGAAGUGAAGCAGCUACGCCGGGCCAAACGUUGCGAGCUGCUGGUGGGCUGUUUAUGUUGUGCGAAAGGCCUUCUCGACAUGCCCUCUUCCGAAAACGACGCGGAAGCUGGGCAACAAUAUGACCUAGAGGCACGCAAGGUGGAUGCCUACAGUGAUCUAAUGACCAGCAAAAGCCUCCUGCCUCAAAUAUCGUCGCUGGAAGAUUCGCAGGCCGUUUCCGCAUUAGCGUUGUCACCCACUUUGCACUACGACAUGUCGGGUCGACGCGACUUGACCAUAGGUGUUGAACUACACAUCAUACCACCAUCCACAGAGAACUCCUCGACAAACCAACCCCGCCCUGUCAUGCAAUACAUGUCUGAGUUCCUUAGAUGUCUUUCAUCUCCUGUGUUUUCGUCCGUGGUCGUCUCCCUCAUCGUGUCUAGAAUAUCGGUUCUGAAAGCGUUAUUCAUCCCUAAUGUAUCAGGAACAAACAUUCCGCCAGCUCCUGAUGGGCAACCACCACUGGCAUUCAUUAUGGAUGCAGCAACCUUCUUGGGAGGUGCCAAUGCUCCUCUUGGGCUAAUUAUUCUUGGAUCCGCACUUGCGAGGAUGAGUAUCCCUCGCAGACGCUGGACUUCACUACCCCUUGGGGCCAUUGGAGCUUUUGCUGUCGGCAAGCAACUCCUCAUGCCAAUCUUCGGAAUUCUUAUCUGCGAAGGAUUUACCCGGAUAGGGUUCAUUGACCCUGAAGAUAAAGUGUUCAGAUUUGUCAUACUGUCAUAUCACAGCAUCGUAUCAUGUUUACCCAUAUCAUUAACACAGGUUAUCCUGACACAAGCAUGCUCUGACACAAGUACAACAGAGCACAUUUUUGCAUUCCUGCUGCCACAGUACAUCCUUAUGAUUGGGGUGAUGACCGUAUUGAUGGCCUAUACACUCAACCUUCUCUUUGGCUGA